ACAACCUUCCAUCCCAGCAGCGCAUCAUUCAUCAGGCUUCUAUUCGCACUCUCGCUCCAACAUCGCUAUCGGCCCGCCUCGACUGUAACAUGCACUUUUGGCUGCCCAACAGCUAUUGCGAUAACAACCGACCAGCCCUUUGCGAUAGGUGUAGUUAGCGUGGGUUGUACACGACUGCAAGUGCCCUGUGCACACACACGAUGCGCUUUCACGAGACCAUACGAAUUACUACGUCAAUUGUCUCACCACACCCUUGACCACUCAUUCAUCUGUCGUCUUUUCAGUAGCAGGUAUUGCUCCUGGCUCUUGAUCUCUCUCGCUUAUUUGGACAUUUCCAAGGCAACCACGCGUCGUCAGCUGACGCACUGCCAUAUCGACAACCCUCAACUCAAACUUGGACUUUAGCUGUCCCCACUAUGGAUUUCUCAAGUAGCGCCUUUCGGUCUUCCCCAGCUUCUAAAGUCUCAGACGAUGUCAUGUCUCAUGCAAACCUCGUCAUGGCGUGUAGAUGGGGGUGGACCAGUUCGCCAAGUGCAGAGAGCGGUGGCGCAACCUCACGCUUUGCUACCUCCACACAACCUUCCUCAUCAGCCUCGACAUUCAAUAAUGUACGGUCAAAACGACUCGCACCGUGUCAAGGCCGUCUCUACCAUCAGCUCUUGUGUUCGCAUCGCAUCCGCACAGAUUUAGUCGAAGACUGCGGUGCAAACUGUGUCGAGCCUUACGGAAACACCGUAGAGGCUGCCUUCAUCUGCCACGAGUGCAUCCAAGCAGAAGCAUCAAAGAUUUGGGAAGAGCGACAAGCGCAGCACAACUCCUUGUACCCACCAAUCGAGCAAAUGUCACAGGAGCAGUACGAUCAAUGGUAUGCCCAACAUCGGCAGUUGGAGGCAGACUUCUCUCGUGACCAGCGAGUCUACGAGAUGGAGCUCAAAGCCAAAACACGCCCAAGUAAUAUCUGCUCUGCCAUGGAGGCCAGUAAAGAGGAGAUGGAAUUUGCCAACGAGCUCGACUCUCUAUCUCUAUCCCUGAUGGCGUCCAAUACCUCGAUGACUAAUUCUGCACCGCUUCAAGUUCAGAACCGAACCCGGACGACUUUGGCUACAGAUCCGGAAGAGCAACUACAUUGGGAUUUGAAUACCCUUGCUCUGGACCGCGGAUCUUGCGGUAUUGAGUACUCUGCUUCGCAGCCAAACAACGGCGUAAAGUCAACUCGGCAACUCGAUGUAGAGGAGCUAUGGAGGAAGCCCCGGAAUUGAGACUGACAGCCGUGUUAGUUGGAGACCACUGGGCGUGUAUAGCAAUUGUCUUGUCGAUUAGCGAUAGCAUGGUCUGGCGCAUGAAAUAGAAAUUUGAUAGCUUUUGAUCAUCACAUGUGCUUGUGUUUUCGAAAUACUGUCGUUAGAUUUAUUUGUCAAAUACAGACUCAUUCACAAUGCUCAUAGUCCAUAGCGAAUAUUUAAGAGGAACAUUCCUUUGCUAUCAAUAAGCUGUGGCUUAC